CUGAGAGCGGGGAUCGGGGAUAGGGAGGGCUGGCCGAGCACAGCACUGCAGCCCCUCUCCCCUCCCCUCCCUCCCCCGGGCAAGGCAGCGAGCGAGCUGCUGCUGCUCUUGGUGCGGUGCAGAGCGGAGCCGGAGGCGCGCGGGCAGGUUCCCGGGGAGCCUGGAGCCUGGGCGCGCUGCUGGAAGCUGGGGGUGGGUGGGAAGUGUGUGCUAUGCCUUUAACGCCUGGGUACAGUAGACAUGUAUAGUGUGUAGUGUAGGGAAAGUCUAGGCGGGGUUAAAGUUCAGCUCAUGGAGCUGCUCAGCGCUCGCUGCAGUUUAGCAGAGUUGGAAAUGUGAAAGCAAGAAGCAGGCUAGGUUCUCCCCCCCUCUUUCUCUCUCCCUCUCUCUCUCUUUUCCUCUCUCUCUCCCUUUCUCUCUCUCUCUCUCUCUCUCUCUCACUCUCUCUCACACACACACCUCCAAACCACAAAAACCCCCACAGCAGUCAUGUAUUCUCCUCUCUGUCUCACCCAGGAUGAAUUUCAUCCAUUCAUUGAAGCACUUCUGCCUCACGUCCGAGCAUUUGCAUACACGUGGUUCAACCUGCAAGCCCGAAAACGAAAAUACUUCAAAAAACAUGAAAAACGUAUGUCAAAAGAGGAAGAGAGAGCAGUGAAGGACGAAUUGCUGAGCGAAAAACCUGAGGUCAAACAAAAAUGGGCAUCCAGACUUCUGGCAAAGCUACGGAAAGAUAUCAGGCCUGAGUACCGAGAGGAUUUUGUUCUCACAGUCACAGGAAAAAAGCCUCCAUGUUGUGUUCUUUCCAAUCCAGACCAGAAGGGCAAGAUGAGAAGAAUUGACUGCCUACGCCAGGCAGAUAAGGUCUGGAGGUUGGACCUUGUUAUGGUGAUUUUAUUUAAAGGUAUUCCGCUCGAAAGUACUGAUGGCGAACGCCUUGUAAAGUCCCCACAGUGCUCUAACCCAGGGCUGUGCGUACAGCCACAUCAUAUAGGAGUUUCUGUUAAGGAACUCGAUUUAUAUUUGGCAUACUUUGUGCACGCAGCAGAUUCAAGUCAAUCUGAAAGUCCCAGCCAGCCAAGUGAAGCUGAUAUUAAGGACCAGCCAGAAAAUGGACAUUUGGGCUUCCAGGACAGUUUUGUCACAUCAGGUGUUUUCAGUGUGACUGAGCUAGUCAGAGUCUCACAGACACCAAUAGCUGCAGGAACAGGCCCAAAUUUCUCCCUCUCAGAUUUGGAAAGUUCUUCAUACUAUAGCAUGAGCCCAGGAGCAAUGAGGAGGUCUUUACCUAGCACAUCCUCUACCAGCUCUACAAAACGCCUCAAAUCUGUGGAGGAUGAAAUGGACAGUCCUGGUGAAGAGCCAUUUUAUACAAGCCAAGGACGCUCUCCAGGAAGUGGCAGUCAGUCAAGUGGAUGGCAUGAAGUAGAGCCAGGAAUGCCAUCGCCAACUACAUUAAAGAAGUCAGAGAAGUCUGGUUUCAGCAGUCCCUCGCCUUCGCAGACCUCCUCCCUUGGAACGGCAUUCACACAGCAUCAUCGACCUGUCAUUACAGGACCCAGAGCAAGUCCGCAUGCAACACCAUCGACUCUUCAUUUUCCAACAUCACCCAUUAUUCAGCAGCCUGGGCCAUACUUCUCACACCCAGCAAUCCGCUAUCAUCCUCAGGAGACUCUGAAAGAGUUUGUCCAACUUGUCUGCCCGGAUGCUGGUCAGCAGGCUGGACAGGUGGGGUUCCUAAAUCCCAAUGGCAGCAGCCAAGGCAAGGUGCACAAUCCAUUCCUUCCUACCCCAAUGUUGCCACCACCGCCGCCGCCACCAAUGGCUAGGCCUGUGCCUCUGCCCGUGCCAGACACAAAACCUCCAACCACAUCGACAGAAGGAGGUGCCGCCUCUCCUACUUCACCAACCUACUCGACACCCAGCACCUCCCCCGCAAACCGAUUCGUCAGUGUUGGACCUCGGGAUCCAAGCUUUGUAAAUAUCCCUCAACAGACACAGUCCUGGUACCUGGGAUAAAAGUCACAGCUUCCCGUCUCCCACCGGACAGACCACCUGACUCCUUCCCAACUCUGUAACAUGGAAGCAGCAGCAACACAGUGCAGUUACUUCACGUCAGUGGAAGGAGAGAUGAACAGAUAUCGACAGCAAACAACUAGUACAUGGAAAUGGCAAAUGUUAUGGUCAAUGGCAAAGGCCAUAACUUUUUUGAGAUUUUUGUUUCGACGCCUUCGGGACAGUUGUGAUUUCUCAUAUGGUGCUGGAAAUGGUUGGGCUUUGUAAUUUUUGAAGUGUUUCAUUGGUAGUGUAAGUAUUAGGUGACACUGGGUAGAACUAGCCUCUGCUGCUGCUUACUGACUCGCUGUUGUAACACACUUUCCAUAUGGAGCCUAACUGUUUUACAGCAUUUUCAUUGAUUUUUUUUUCCCAUGCAGGUGUGAGACUUCUUGAGAAAUCAUGAAACACACUUAAACUGUAACUUUUGUAGUAGCUGAAUUCUGCAAUAUAUAAACGUACAGGACAGACAUAGGGCAUGUUUUUCUGUAACAGAUCGGGGGAAAAUGCAGUUUUUUGUUUUGUUGGUUUUUUUUUUUUUUUUUUUACAGUCAGAUACAGUUAGAUACAUAACAUGAAAAAAAUGAGCAUUGUCAACAGGUUUUUUUCCACUCAAGUUGCCGAGUGAUUUAAAACAAACUACUACUAUUCACUAAAAAAAGAAAAAAAAAGAAAAAAAAGAAAAAAGUUUGAAAUGCUGCACUUACAUAACAUUUUUUCAACAAUUUUCAACAAUUACACAAAAAUUCAUGCAGAAAUGGGGAAGUUGGUCUGUUUUGACAGAAACUGACAGGAAUCAAAACAAUCGAAUUUUGAAUUGAGUAAAGUGCAAUUUCAUUGGAUAGCUAAAUAUCUUUGUAAGAUAGAGAUUGUUGAAAAUUCUAUUUUUGUUUUCCAAGUCCUUCCACCCCAGGACUCUAAAAUAUUGGGGUAAAAAACAGCCUUGCAAGAAAAAGGGGAGCUAUUUUUGCUUUUUAUGUUUUUUAUUGUUAAACUUGUAUCCCUUUAAAACUGAAGGAAAAUUAAAAAAAAAAUCUAAUGGUGCUUUUACCACAAUAUGUUAACUACAUUAAAUGCUAAUUAAUCAUUUUCUGUUAUCAAAGCACAUAACUAAAAUUAAAUCAUAAUAUCUGUUAAUUUUAUAAGCUAAAAGUCACUAUAAUGGAUUAUGCCAAUUCUGACAAAUUUUACGUCUUUCCGGCAAUAUAGGGUUUAUCAGUUCUCAGACACCUUGGGAAUCAUAUAGAACGGUCCAGAAAUUAAAACACCUUUGUGUCCCUGAACUGGUACUUUUUCUGGACUACAAAGAAAACAAUACAGAAACGAAUGCUGAUGUGACAACUUACGCCAGUUCAAAGCAAGGGCACUUGCUGAAAAAAAAAAAAAAGUUUGGACCCCAAACGUCCUGUAUCUUAUGUACAAAAAAAAAAGAAAAAAAGGAAAAAAAAGAAAAAAAAAAGAGUGCAAGUGAUUUUUCCUAUCAGACAGCGGAGCAUCCCUUUGCUUCACAUGUGACUUUAAGAAGGUUUCCUAUACUAUACAUAUAUAUACGUUCUGGUUGGCAAGUCCAGCUAAUCAGAGAAAGUCUCUGCAUGUUCUAGUGUUAGUAACUAAUUUUUAUAUAGUUAAUGUAGGGUAAAGUAGAGUGCAUUAAGACACAAUAUUGUAAUCCCUAUUCCAGGCACUUGCCUUUAAACUAUGUUUGUACGGCCCUUCAGAAGGGUUUCUACUACUGUCCUAUACAAUCAAGUAACUGAAAUUCUUGGGAAGACACUUUGCUCCUCAUCUUUUCCCUGAAACAAUGUUUUUUUUUUCUUAAUUUGCACGAAACAAAAAAAAAACAAAAACAAAAAAUUCCAUAUCAAUGUGCCUUGCCCUGGAUAGCGAUUAUUUGUGGAAUUGUUGCACAUGUUCCUAUAUUGAAAGGGGUUUUUCCCUAGUCAAGCAUUUGGAGACACUUUUUGUAAAUGUGACUUUUAUGUCAGCCAUUGUCAGUUUCAACAUCUAGAAUUAAAUAGAAUGUUAGUUGUUCCGCAGAUAGGAGUAGUGUUUAUUGUCCUGUAUGGUCAGUGGCAGUGCUAUUCUGAGAUCUGUAGAUGCUAGAUUAUCAGUAUUUUUGGAUGUUGCUGCAUUUUACAUUUUAUUUGGAGUCUUCCUUUUGUUUUGUUUUUCCCAGAUAUAUGAAAAUAUGCAAUACCUGCUUAUAUCAUGUAGAAAAGCUUAGCAAUUAUUAAUUUUUCUUUUAAUUUUUUUUUAUUUGACCAAAGUUGGUGCUGCACUUGACGCAGUGUGUUUUAGGUGUUUGUCUUUGUACUUAUGUGAUUUUGAAUGCACAUGCAGGAAGGGCUCUUCUUAGAGAAGCAGUCAAACUGUGAAGCACUAAGCUGAACCCUGCUUCAAGCAAUUUUUGUUUUACAAUUGUUCCUUUCACAAGCAAGCCUUAAAAAAAAAAAAAAAAAAACUUCCUUUUUCUUCAGAUCCCACACCCAUUUUUAUUAGCAGACUGCAAUCAAGCCACAUUCAACAAAAGUAUAUAAUGCCCAUUUUUAUAUGCACGUUUUUAAACUUCCAAGUUCUGAAAAUUGUUUACUGGUUAUUCUCUAUUUAAGGAAAAAAAUAAAAUGUUUUGGAUUUUCAUAUGUGUCUGAUAAGUGGUUGAGUAGUCAUUUUGCUCUGUUGUAUUGUGUGAUUGUUAGUAUAUGGUAUCACAUCCUCUAGCCAGCAUCCUUUGCCUUCCCUAUAGCACUUAGCUGGGCAUUACUUUAUUAAGACAUAUGUGCACUAAAAAAAAUAAUAAUAAAAUUAAAAAAAUAGCAGCUUUCAGUGCUUCACAGUGAAGGGAAAAAAGCCUAGACAAACAUUUUGUCAGAACCUUGCUAUAAGCCAAGGUAUUACCAGUAAAUUGGUUGUAUAUACAAUAAAAUUGCACCCUUUUUUAAACAAAACAAACUUAAGCAAUAGUUUGGGCAGUUAGUUGUUUUUAGUGAGCAUGUUGUAGUCAUGGCUGCAAAGAGAGAGAAUUAAACUGCCCACUCAGAAGAUAUGUAAUUUGUAUGUUGUAUAGUUUUAUUGAUUACACUGAUUUAUUCUACCCUAUUUUAUAAUGCAGGACUUUUGUAAUGUUGUUUAAAUGAGGACAAAUUUCUGUCAAAUUAGCUUAGUGGAAUUUCUGAUUGUUCGUUAUAAAGGCAGCGUUCAUAGAAUUGCUUUUUUUUCCCUUUGGGAACUGGAUUUAAGUUAAAAACUUUCCUGUUUCCGUUUUGUAUGUAUUUAAAUACAGUUAUUUUUCUUCUCUCAAUGGUAUAGCAUAUUCCUAUGCUUGAGAAGUAUAGGCUACUGAAGAACCAUUGUAAAUGGACAGUACAGGUAUGCUGUAUUUUUGAAGGUAUUUUGUCGCAUUAAGUUUGAUGACGCUAAAGUUAGGGAAUUCUGAUCAGAAUUGCAGAAGAAAAUGUUUUAAAGGCUUUAAAACAUUAGGUAGGCAGUCAAGGGUGUUAAUCAACAGUGGUUGUAAAGUAUUAAACACACUAAAUUAAAUUUCUGUUCACCUUAUUACCAUGCAGAAAACACAGCAGUUCAGUUCUGUUCAGGUAUGGAGAACAAACAGUUUUUUAUUCCUCAAAGUAAAGCAAAGACUGGAGUUCUGAGCAAGACAGCUGCUCGGGGUGUGCAGCCUACAAUAAAGAAAACAUGCAAGAUUCAGGCCGACAGUGUUAGUCCCUAACUCAGAAUCUGAUUACAUUUCCUUCCCCUUUUAAAUUGUUUUAUUAGUUUGUGAAAAAAUAAUGCAAACAACUUUUAUUCCCUCUCCAUCCCAUCUUUGGAAAUUUUGUCAGACACAAAUACGGACCCAUACUCAACUCCUUCCUCCCCCACCCCAUCCCCAAAUUUAAAGAUUUAAAAAUUGCUUCUCAUGAAUUUACUCCACCAGUUCAUUCCUCUCUUUUUGAACUAGGGCACUUGCUUUUGUGGUGCUGCGCACCCCAGCAAUGCCAUUCUUUAUUCCUCGUCCUUUAUCAUAAAACGUACGGGCUAAAGUUAGGCAGCCAUGGAAUACUUUGUCUCCGCUCUUUAUUCCCCCCUCAUCCCUCCUCUCUUGAGGUUGAAGGGUAAAGGGAACACAAACUUUCCUCAACUCCACAGUAUUCAGUCAGCCCACAGGAAUAUGCAAAAUCCCUCUAACUUUGUUUUUCUUUCACUAUUUCUUUUUGUUCCAUAUAUUUUGCAGCUUUGUAGUAACAGUGUUAUAAAAUAUUUACUGUACAAAAAAAUACAAAAAAACCCAGAUACAUAGCCUAAAACAGUUUUUUUUUUCCUUGUGGUGAUUUCUUUUUUAAAGAAUGUCAGUUAAUAUUGUACUUUGCAUUGUGUCUCUGGAAAUAUCUUUUUUUUUUUUUUUUUUUUUUUUAGAAGGCCUCCAUCGAACAAAAUUAAAAACACAACCGGCAUGAUAAUGUAAGGAGAGCUUCAAUGGCACCUAAAAACUAAACAAACAAAUCUCAUGAGAUCUGUUGGAGGAAAGUCUCAUGAAGUGAACGCUGCCUGCUAGGCAGGAUUUUCAUCAAAUCAGUCUUGCAAUGCCAAUUUUGUCUUGAAGUCAAUGCAUGUAUUACUGUUUGACAGUAAACCCGGCUAUGCCAUCAGCAAGUCCAAGGCUGUGCAAUAGUCUAAUUAGUAUCGAGUACAUUUUCCUUUUAUUUUUUCCAAUAAAAAAGCAGUGGGAUGAAAAUUGCUUUGAUAUAUAGCAGGUAACAUUGAAGCUAUUCCAUAGCACUUAACUGUAGUGAAUACUGUGUCACCAAUUCUGAAAUCAAUUUAAUGUUUAAUGCAAAUCCAUUACAUGGUGCUAUUACAGGCUGGCAAAAUGAUUUACAAAAAUGUGACAACUUGGGCUCAAUUCACUCUGCUUUCCAACAAUGUAAAUGCAUAGCAGUGUUUAUCUGCAUGAAAACUAUGCACUAAUCUAUCUGAAAAAAAAAAAAAGAA